GUUACUGAAAUUGUACAAGUAAGUCGAAGAUACCAUGGAAUUUUCUCCAGUGGUAAAGUAUGCAGUAAACUGAAGUUGUCCACUCACCAUCUGUUAAAGAGAAUGUAUAUAUACCAUUGUUGUUCCCAACUGGCUUGUCUGCUGUGAACAUAUAUAACAGGACUAUUCAGUAUGGUGAUAUGCUUGAUUACAAGACUGAGUCAAAGGCAGCAAUUUCAACAUGUCUAGCAAGGGACCAGUGAUAGUAAUUGGAGCUGGACUUAGCGGUUUAAGCGCUGCAAAACUCCUUCAUGAGCGUGGAGUGGAAGUGGUGGUUCUGGAAGCCAAUGACCGGGUAGGUGGUCGAACACUUACACUAACUCCAUCAGCAGAGGCCGGAGACCCACAGUUUGGAUGGGUUGAUCUAGGAGCCUCAUAUGUGGGUCCCUCUCAAAAUCAUGUCCUGCGCAUGUGCAGGGAACUGGGCUGUGAGACAUACCUUUGCAGAGACAACCAUGACAGCAUCUAUUUUAGUAAGGGGAAGCAAUGUCGUUACUCAGGUUCAUGGCCUGGAUUCUGGUGGACUAGCCCAUUAGCAGCAUGGGACCUGCGUGCUACAAUUCGUAAGCUAGAUGACAUGGUGCUCCAGGUACCUGCAGAUCGACCAUGGCAAGCUCCUCAUGCUGUUGAAUGGGAUCAAAUCACAGUCAAGGAUUUUCUGAAGAAACAUUGCUGGACUAGAGAUGCAAGAGAAUUUCUUGAAGGCAUGUGUGUUGUUAACAACACUGCUCAAGACCAUGAAAUGUCAUUGCUAUUUUUCUUGUGGUACUUACGUCAGGGGAAAGGUGUGCACCGAAUUUGGGCCAUUAAGGAUGGUGCACAAGAACGCAAAAUCAUUGGUGGUUCUCAGCAGCUUAGCAUCAAGAUUGCCAAGAAACUUGGAGGGCGAAUUCAUCUGAAGAAAGCAGUUGUACAGAUCAGGCACACGGAUGAUGCUGUGAUGGUCAAAACUCUGGAUGGAGCUGUUUUCAAUGGCUCCUAUGUGAUAAUGGCUAUCCCUCCACCUGCACAUCUCAAAAUUCAUUUUGACCCCCCACUGCCAUCACUACGUUGUGGACUAAUUCAACGAUGUCCCAUGGGACUGGUCAUCAAAUGUAUUGUAUUCUAUAACAGAGAAUUCUGGGUAGAAAAAGGAUACAAUGGAUUUGUAUCCUGUAUGGAUGGAGUUGAAGUUGUUGGUAAUGUUGGGGAGGACCACAAACCAGGUAUAUCUCUCUAUGGCCUGAUCUGCUUCAUUUAUGGACAACAUGCCAUCCAACUUAAAGAUAUGGAACAGUCUGCUCGCAGAGAUGCAGUCUGCCACUCUCUUGCUAAGUUUUAUGACAGUCAAGAAGCACUUAAGCCAGCCCACUAUGUCGAAAAAUUAUGGUUAGAGGAGCCAUAUAUCUGUGGCUGUUACACCACCUACUGCCCACCAGGCGUCCUCACUCGAUUCGGACCAGCAAUACGAGAACCAAUUGGCAGCAGAAUUUAUAUUGCUGGUACAGAGACUGCACUACAGUGGACCGGCUACAUGAAUGGAGCCAUUGAGGCAGGAGAGAGAGCUGCCCGAGAGGUGCUGCAUGCACAGGGUGAAAUCUCAAGUAGUGAUGUUUGGGUGACGGAACCAGAGUUCCCAGAAGUGCCAGUUGUAUCUCUGCAGUUACCAUGGUUGGAGAUAUGUCAGCCCAGCAUUGAAACAUUCCUCACUAUUAGUGUCUUAAUUAUUGGUCUGCUUGUAGGAUUAUCUCGGUGGCUACUAAGUACCAUGUACUCCAGAUGAAGUAACGUCAUGGAGUUUAGCAAUGUGAAAUGGAUACACACAUUGAGUUACAUGGACCUCACUACCCACCCAUUUGAAAGAUGGUGUUAGUAUUUCCAUUUUACAGUGUAAAUAUUGAACUUGAUUGUAAAGAAGUGUUUAAUUGCAUUCAGAAUCCUCAAAAAUAUGUUAUAUGUAUUAUGAAAUAUCAAAGAUAACUUUGGUCUCUGAAGCAAUA